GUGCGUUACUACGAGUCUACGACCCAACAGAGUGACCUUGGAGGUCGCUUGCGGUUGGAAGUGCUCGCAAGGCUGGUAGCCCCCCAAGGGCGAGCAACCUUCAAGGUUGCUCGCGGGUCUGCAACCCCCCGAGGGUGAAAGACCUCUGGCGGCACCGCGAGGGCGAACGACCUCGAGGGUCGCUCGUGGGGCCGGCGGUCCUCGCGUGGACGAGAGCUCGCGGGGCUGGCAGUCCUCGUGUGGGCAAGCACUCACGAGGCCGGCGGUCCUCGCGUGGCAGAGCGCUCGCGGGGCCAGCGACCCUAGCAUGGGCAAGCGCUCGCGGGGCCGAUAGCCCUCCGAGGGCGAACCACCUCGUGCUUGGAGGCUGUUCUCGAAGCCGUCGGCCCCGCGAGGGUGAGAGUGAGCAACCUCCGACCGAGAGGCAUUCUGCUGGAGGUCGAGUGGCGGUAGAAGAUGACAUGCAAGGAGGCGUUCCUUCGCCAGCACGUUGCGAAGUUACACAACAUGCUCCGUAGCCAGCAGUUGGCCAACUACGAGCUCGAGACCUCGGAGGUUGCUCACGAUCGGAGUUGAUGAAUGUUCAAGAAUCCAACUAAUCAAAUCAGGAAGACACGACGCUAGAUUCCAGAUGCGUCCCUGUUCUCAUUGUCUUGUGGCCCUAAGCAGUUUUGCUUGACCACGCCUGGACUGCCGGUGCAGUUCUGUUCUCGACCGCAACGCACACUUUGCUUCCUCGUCACGCCAUCGCUCGGACAACUCGCAAACCAAAUUGCCUUUUGCCUACUGGAUAGGCAUGGGACGGGUCCAACUAUAAGACCAGCUGUUCGGGAUGCAAUUCACAAACCAAAUGGCUUCGUUAUUAUUGUCCUUCUCUCCCUGCAAUUCCAACUCCCUCGAUCGGAGGCCUUCGCUCUCACAAUCUCCCACUAUCUCAUCAGCAUACAAGCCCUCCUCCGUCCGCCGCCGCCGCGGGUGUUCACGGAGGAGUCCGCCGCGCCUCCUCGUGGCCAACCCCUCCUCUCCUGUCGCCCCGAGCCCUGCCGUGGAUGACAACCACGACGCGGAGGAGGCCUCAUCGUCCACUCGAUCGGAGCCUGCGUUCUCCUGGAGGGAUCAUUGGUACCCUGUCUCCCUCAUCGAGGACCUCGAUCCGCGCGUCCCCACCCCCUUCCAGCUCCUCAACCGCGAUCUCGUUAUCUGGAAAGAUCCCAACUCCGGCAGCUGGGUCGCCUUAGAUGACCGCUGCCCUCACCGUCUCGCGCCUCUAUCGGAGGGAAGGAUCGACGAGAGCGGUUGCUUGCAGUGCUCGUAUCAUGGAUGGUCCUUCGAUGGGAGCGGCGCGUGUUCCCGGAUCCCGCAGGCAGCGAGCGAAGGGCCUGAAGCGCGGGCAGUUCGAUCGCCCAGAGCUUGCGCAAUCAAAUUUCCUACCCUGGUCUCGCAGGGUUUACUGUUUGUCUGGCCCGAUGAGAAAGGUUGGGAGAAGGCCACUGCUACGCAACCUCCCAUGUUACCAGCAGAAUUUGAUGAUCCCAAUUUCUCCACCGUGACUAUCCAGCGUGACCUGUUCUAUGGCUACGAUACACUCAUGGAAAAUGUCUCGGAUCCGUGUCACAUAGAAUUUGCACAUCACAAGGUCACUGGGAGAAGGGAUAGAGCUAGACCAUUGCCAUUUCAGUUGGAAUCUAGUGGUCCUUGGGGCUAUGCUGGUUCAGAUAACGGGAACCCACGCAUCACUGCUAAGUUUGUUGCUCCUUGCUAUGCUAUGAACAAGAUAGAGAUCAAAACAAAAUUGCCUGUUCUUGGCGACCAGAACUGGGUAAUCUGGAUCUGUUCAUUUAACAUACCUAUGGCCCCAGGGAAAACUCGCUCCAUUGUUUGUAGUGCUCGAAACUUUUUUCAGUUCACAAUGCCAGGCCCUUCAUGGUGGCAGCUGGUUCCCCGCUGGUAUGAGCACUGGACUUCAAACAAGGUGUAUGAUGGUGAUAUGAUUGUACUUCAAGGACAAGAAAAGAUUUUUCUUUCUGAAAUGUCAGCAUCCUCUAUAGAUGUCAAUCAGCAAUAUACGAAGAUUACAUUCACACCUACACAGGCUGAUCGUUUGGUUCUAGCAUUCAGGAAUUGGUUGAGGAGACAUGGAAAUGGUCAGCCUGAUUGGUUUGGCCACGCUAACCAACAUGCAUUACCUUCAACUGUCCUGUCCAAACAUGAGAUGCUUGACAGAUUCGAGCAACAUACCCUCAAAUGCUCAUCCUGCAAAGGUGCCUAUGAGGCUUUUCAGGUUUGGCAGAAAUUAUUUUUAGCGUCGACAGUCAUUUUUUGUGCAGUUGCUGGAAUUCCUUCAGAAAUUUCAUUUCGUCUCCUUCUCGCCGGGGCUGCCAUUGCCAGUGCUGCCCUGGCUUAUGCUCUCAAUCAACUCCAGAAGAACUUUGUAUUUGUCGAUUACGUGCAUUCUAAGAUUGAUUGAUCCGUAUCAUGUUGGUCCACGAAUAGUGAUGGUGUAGAGCAAGAACCAGGUAUAUGAAGUUAUAUGAACCAUUGUUGUGGCUAGUAAGAUGAUGCUGUAAAUGUCUGAGUUCUAUGUUGUGGCUAGCAGGAACACGGUUUAUUAGAAACGUUGUUCAAAACAAAUACAAAUACAUUAGUAGAAAAGGAUUUUCCUCAGAAUUUGCGUUCAAA